UGUUUAGGGCAGAACACGGACCUCCAGCGGCACGCGGUGCUUGAAAAGGGUACUGCAGCCAGCAGAAGACCUUAAAUGAGUUGGCUAGAAGACACAUGCAGCAGUGAGAGACCACAGCACAGCAGCGCAGCAACAGGCGCAAGCGCUUGUGGUUUGGGUGUCCGUUUUUGACGUGGUAGAGCAGAGCCAAGACCAGCCUGCGCCGCUAAACAGACUCAAAGAGGCUUGAAUUUCUGCUUUGCUGCUAUUUCCACUCGUCAGCAACUGAUAUCCGACUUUGGUGUGCUCGUUUAUUCACUGGACGAGAUUCCUGCAUUGCGCUUGCCUGAGCUGGCCAAACUUUCAAGAGGAGUAGUGGACAAAAGGAAGGAAACGGUGGAGUGGGGUAAGAGAGUGAGAGAGAGAAGGUGAAAGAGAGAGAUGGAUUCGCUGCCAAUGGAGUCAGCCACGGUAGAUGCGCUGGUGGACGCCUGCAUCCAAGCUUUUGAUGUUACAGGGAAAUUACAAGACUCGUCUUUAGUCCGGAUGUUUCUGAUGAUGCACCCCUGGUACCUGCCCUCUACUGAACUUGCCAAGAAACUUCUGCUCAAAUCUCAGGAGGAUGGCUGUACUGCAGACCUCAGGAGCAGAAUCUGCCAUCUAGUCAAGUACUGGAUCUCAGAAUUUCCUGUCGAAUUUAAUCUUAAUCCUGCUUUAGCUGAACAGAUUAGAGAUUUGAGGGAGCAACUCAACACGGAGGGCAAUGAGCGGGAGAGCCAACUCAUCGACGUAGAGAGUGUGCCCUCAUAUAAGUGGAAGCGUCAGGUGACUCAGCGUGUUCCAUCUGUGUCGAAGAAGAGAAAAAUGUCUCUUCUGUUUGAUCAUCUUGAUUCUUCUGAACUGGCUGAACAUCUUACCUACCUGGAGUACAAGUCUUUCUGCAAGAUACUGUUCCAGGACUACCACAGCUUUGUCAGACAUGGCUGCACAGUGGAUAACCCUAUCCUGGAACGUUUCAUCACCCUUUUCAACAGCGUUUCCCAGUGGAUCCAGCUCAUGGUCCUCAGCAAGCCCACAGCUCAGCAACGUGCUGCUGUCAUAACCCACUUUAUCCGCGUAGCGCAGAAACUGCUGCAGCUGCAGAACUUCAACACCCUGAUGGCAGUAGUUGGAGGCCUCAGUAACAGUUCCAUCUCCAGGCUGAAAGACACACAGACCCACAUCAGCAAUGACACCAACAAGAUUUUCAACAGUCUGAUAGAACUGGUGACUUCGUGUGGAAACUACAGUCAGUACCGGCGCCGUUUUGCAGACUGUUCUGGGUUCAAGUUCCCCAUCCUGGGCGUUCACCUGAAGGAUUUGAUUGCGGUGCACGUGGCGCUGCCGGACUGGACUGACCCAGAGAAGACACGUGUCAACCUAGCUAAGACCCAGCAGCUUUACGCCAUACUGCAAGAGCUUGCACUUGUACAGACCACACCACCUAAUGUAGAAGCCAACACUGAUCUACUCAAUCUACUCACGGUUUCACUGGACCAGUAUCAUACAGAAGAUGAGAUAUAUCAGCUGUCUCUACAGAGGGAGCCACGAAGCACUAAACCAGCAAACUCAAGCCCUACUCCCAGUCCAGCGCCAAAGCGACCAUCAAUGAUUGAUGAGUGGGCAGCAUCGGUGAAGCCUAAAGCAGAUCCUGCAAUCAUCACCAAACACAUCGAAAAGAUGGUUGACUCUGUGUUCAAGAAUUUCGACACGGAUGGAGAUGGUCAUAUUUCCCGUGAGGAGUUUGAGAGCAUUAGGAAUAACUUCCCAUAUCUCAGCAAGUUUGGAGAGCUGGAUACCAACCAGGAUGGAAAGAUCAGCAGGGAGGAGAUGAUAGAUUACUUCAUGAAGGCCAGCUCUCUGCUUAACUGCAAGAUGGGUUUCAUACACACUUUCACUGAGACCACUUAUGUGAAGCCCACCUUUUGCGAACACUGUACUGGCUUUAUUUGGGGCUUUUAUAAGCAAGGAUACAAGUGUAAAGUAUGUGGUGUGAACUGUCACAAGGCAUGUCGCUCGCGAUUGGCAGUGGAGUGUCGAAAAAGGACGAAAAGCAUCAGUCACGAAACUCCGCCUGCACUACAAGCACGGUCUUACAGCUUCCCACCUCCAACUAACACACCAGUCAAUCUUCAGAACACAGUGAUUGCAGAGGAGGAUCCGGAGGCGGCGGGGGAAGGAGGGUUUGAUGUUCACCUAUAAUCUGGAUGUGCAGCAUAGCAUCAUGUAAACAAGCAACAACAACCAAGGAACAACCACUAACCCCUAUGCACCAACUAAUGCUCAGCAUGCUAGAUGUUUAGGGGUAUAGCUAAAUCAGGGUUUGUAGUUUCGAGGUUGUCCGAAGAUUUGCAGUGAAAAUGUUUAGCCUCUGCAACUGCAAACCUGAUGUUUAUCAUCCUGAGAACAUGUAAAAACGGUGAGAAAAAAAACAAAAAACAGAGCGUUAACCUGAGAUGUGGGAUACAAGGGACAUUUCUAUGACAGUUGAUCUGUUAGUAGUUGAAGUCAGGCUUUGGCAUGCGGUUCCUUUACGAUGGAGAGAGUUCAAGUGUCCAUCAGCGCCACAAAAACAGUCUCCAACCCAAGACGUCCUGUUGCUGCCAUCUUCUGGACAAAAACUGCAAGUGCAGGAAAGACCAGGUGCUCGUCCCUUGCUUGUCCUUUCCCUUGAAUGUGAUCUCAAUAUUUUUUAAAUAGGUUAUCUAGUUGUUAUUUGCAUUGCUGUGCAAAGUUGCAUCUCCUUUUUAACUCUUUUAUAUUUCAAGUUAAAAAAAUGCUGUGGACUGUAAAAGUCUGUUUAAUCUCGUGGGAGACAGUGGGUCAAGCCCAUUUACUAAAGAAACAAAAGGCUGUCUCUAAUUUGUGGUCUUGUUGAAAGAUGUCAGUAAAUCUGUGUAUAUUAUAGGGAAAAUCCUUUAAUUGUACGUCACUUUAGAAAUCCCAAGGUGCUGAGAUGUUCACUGCUUGAUGUUUAACCUGCUCAGCUUGUUUUUUGUAGUUGUGAGUCACUGUUGACUGUAUUUGUGAUUUUUUUUUUUUUUUUUUUUUUUUGCUGGAAAAUGCAAAACGUAUAUAUAUUUAAAACCAGCUAUGUAAAAAAAAAAACAAAACAAAAACAAAGUUAGUGUAAAACUAAGAGUGUAAUAUAGACAUUUUAACAAGUCGAAGAACACUUUAGAAAGACCACUGUAGCCUAUGUGAAUGUCUAACUGAUAUUUUUAAGGUUUAUCUUGAUAUAUAUGUAUAUUUUCUAUUAGUUGUCUUAAGAUGAACUUAUAAAACUCUUCCAAAACUCUUCCAAUAACUGAACCAUGAAUGUAGAAAACCCAGUUAAUAUUGUCCUGAGAAAUGUGUUUCUGUAAAUAUGAAGUAUGUUGUAUCUUUUUCACGCUUGUGUUGUUGUAACCCUGUUGUAUUUCAAGUGCACUGAUAUUGCCAAAUAUGCUAAAUGUUAAAUGUCUGUUUUUCUUUUUUUUUUUUUAAGGCAUGCACAACAUGUGUUUUUAUGCCACUAAUAUUAACAUACAGUGCUGUGCAUUUAUUUAAUUUUCAGUCAAAGCAGCCAAAAAGUACGAGUUACUCAUCUUUCAGCAUCAGGAAACGUGUUUAACAGAAAAUCUGCAGGGAUAUUUUUCCACACCUCCAAAGUUCAGUCUUAGAACUUGCUUGGUCUUUUUUUUUUUACUUCUCAAAAUCAAAGGAAUCCCAAACGCAGACAGUGAUGUUGAUAUCUGGACUGGUCAGUUAGUUCUUAGAACACCAGCGGCUUCUGUGUUUGAUUUGCGAAUGUUCCUCCUUUUUUUGUCUAUUUUCUUGUUUCAUUGACGGCUUCUUGACAACUAGAUAUUCUUUCAGCAUUAAGUUGUCUUCUCACAGUGGAAGGAUGCCCAGAAACACCUGUAGACCUUUCCUCUGUCUUUUAGUAAACUCCACUUUUGAAAUUCUUGUUUUCCACUUAUUUUUCUUUGACCUUCCUUGUGGAGGUACUUAUUUAGAGUACUUUAUGACCAGUUUCUGAAAAUUAAAUAAAUGAAUUUUAUAUAUAUAAAAAAAACUGACUGGCCACUUCAUUAAGUAUACUUCCUUGUAUUUACGCUCUGUCCAUUUUACAAGGUGCACUUUUUUAGUUCUGCAGUUACAUGCUAGUUUAUCUGUUUCUCUGCAGACUGUGUUAGACCCACUUUACCCUGUCCUUCAGUGGUCAGGACCCACAGAGCAGAUAUUUGACUCAAUCUUUUUGAUUAGUCCAGCAGUGACACAGAGGUGUUUAAAAACUCCAGCAGCACUGCUGUGUCUGAUCCACUCAGACCAGUGCAACACACACUAACACACCACCGCCAAAUGAUACCUGCUCUCUGGUGGUCCUGACGAUUGAUGAAUGGGAUUGAGGGAAGCUAACAAAUCAGAGAAAACGAUGGUCUGUAGUAGAACUACAAUGCUUUAAAUAGACCUGAUCAAAUGGACAAGUGUAGAUACAAGGAUCUGAAUGGCAUUUAAUGCCGUGCUCUCUGCAGGGUGCUGCACUGGUAAUGACAGAAUUUAAGAUGCUGUUAUUCUGUUCAGAUGUUCAUGCUGUCUCAGUAGGUGAGAUGUUCAACUAGCUCAGUCACGUGCUGUUUUCUUUCUCUUUUACACUCGCGUAUGAAAAGGUUUUAAAAACUGCGUGCACAUCUAGCACAUUAGGCGUACCCAUAUUGUUUUAUUGCUGCACUGCCGCUUAGAAAAACUUUCCAUAACCGCAGAGUAAUUUCUUUUAAUGACGGGGUCCUCAUGCUCUGCCUUAAUGACUGAUUCAUUAUAGAUUUGUGCAUAAAUGGCUCGGUUACUACUCAAAUGGUACAUUCCACUUUCUCCAAACAGCGAUUUGUGUCCAGGCCUAUUUAUUUUUAAGUACAUGUUUAAAGGGAAAAAAGUACAAAGCAUUGCAGGAAUAUAAAAUAGCCAGUGAAUUGCUCUUUAAUUUAUAGUAGUCAAUUAACAAAGCCAAGCCACUGCUUAGUCUAAUGUGAGUAUGACUGAUGAAAGCUAUUCUCAUGCUGACUUAAAUGGAGAGUUUGUCUGUUUUAUAAGUCAAAUCGUUAAAGCUUGGUAAGCAGACGGUGCAACCUAGCAAUGCAUUAAUGGCACUGCAUGAAUUUCAAAGCUCUAAGUGGGUUUGAAUGCAUUAUGCAGCAUGUACUCCUGCACACUAUUCAUUCCUUUAUUUUUGUAUUUUGAACAAGCAGUUCAGUUUCUGUAAAAACAUUGUUGACUGUCAGCUGUUGCAAACGCACCUUCACGUGUGGGGACUGAAUGGAUAAACUGCAGAAUAAACACCCAUUAAAGAUCCAUUCAUUCAGGCCUUUAAA